AUGUCCUCUCACGAAUACCAAGAUGAGCCAAUUUUCAAACGACCACGCCUCGAAAAUGCCGAUUCAAGUACUGGCAGCGAAAACCGACCAUUCAGUGCAUUCUUCAACUCGGUUCGAAGAUCCAAAAAGCAUCCCGUUCUUUCCGACAAAAAGCUGAUCGUCUACAACCUGAGAGUCGAACGACCCCCAUUACCACAAGGAUAUGAGGAUAAUGCCUGGAAACGACUUGAAGAAGCUAUCCAUGCUAUUCACCAAAAUCAACAGCCCAAAGAGAGUCUCGAAGUGCUAUACCAACUCUGCGAGAACCUCUGUCAAUACAACUUGGGAAUUAAGCUCUGCGACCAAUUGUGUAACGAAUGCAGCAUUUACAUCCAGCAGGAAUUCGCAAACCUAGAGCAAAGUGUCAAUACAAUGGAUGGAAGAUCUUUUCUAACGGCAAUGGAUACAUGGUGGAAGACCUAUUGUAAUCAGCUAUCUCAGAUCCGAGGAAUCUUCUUGUACCUUGAUCGUUCAGUUGUUUCAUCACUACAUGGAUCGCUAUGGAGUCUUGGCAUGAAGCUAUUUGGACGAGAAUACCAACAACAUCAACACAUCCGUGACAAAGUAGUGGAGAAUGCUCUUGUGCUUGUCCAAUGUGAACGUGACGAUAUCAAUGCCGAUUCAUCCUUGCUGCAAUCCUUGCUCCACAUGUUGAUCGAUCUCCAGGUUUAUCAUACUGACUUUGAGCCACGUUUAUUAGCAGAGACAAGGAAAUACUACAGUGAUGAAGGAGACCGCCUUGUCCAAGAAAUGGAUAUGUCUAUUUAUCUUCAGCACGCUGCCCAUCGAUUACACCAGGAAUCCGUACUCCAUAUUAAGAAGUAUUUCGACAAGUCAACCAAGGUACCCCUCAACUCGAUCGUCGAACAAGAGCUUUUGACUAAGCGUGCGGAAGUUAUUCUGGAUAAGAGCUUUGCAUUCUUUAUGGACAACGACUGUGAGGAUGAUCUCUCCAUGCUUUACCGCCUAUUACGCAAAGUGAAUGCUCUGGAUUUGUGCGUCAAGCAUUUCCGUGAAUAUGUAAAGAAGGAAGGCAUAUCCAUACUCCAAAAGAAACGAGGUGUUGCGGACCGUGAAGUGAUUUCAAUGAUCCUCAGCUUCAAGAAAAAGACCGAUAUCAUCAUGGGUCACAGCUUUGAAGGCGACGAGCGAUUUGCAGAGGCACGGCGAGAUGGAUUUGACUAUUUUAUCAAUUUCAAAGAGAAUCGCACAACGAGAUUAUUGGCAGCCUAUACCGAUUACCUAUUGAGAAACUAUGAUCGGAUGGAUGAACAUCAAAUGGAAAAGGGUCUGGAGCAAGGAAUCGGUUUAUUCAGAUAUUUGCGAGGCAAGGACGUUUUCCAGUCAAUCUAUCGUCGGGAUCUUUCAAAACGAUUGCUGUUGGAUAUGAAGAGCAGGAAUGCCGAGAAAAACAUGUUGACAAAGCUAAGAAAAGAAUGUGGAUUGGCUUACACCAGUCAGCUCGAAGGCAUGUUACGGGACAUCAAGCAUUCGCAUGACCUCAUGAACGAGUUCAAGUCACUGCCAGAAGGCCGAGCUAUCCCAUUCAAUUUCAAAGCAAACAUACUCACAUAUGGAUUCUGGCCAUCUUAUACACCUGUGGAAAUCAACCUGCCACCUGAAUUUGCGGAUGUGGAGCGUCGAUAUCAAGAGUUUUACAAUACAAAGUUCUCGGGUCGAAAGCUUACAUGGCAGAAUUCAUUGGGUGUGUGUGAUGUCACGGCGAAUUACCCCAAAGGGACGAAGGAAUUGACAUUGACCCUGCUACAAACGGUGGUAGUAUUACUAUUUAACGACCCAUCGAUGGAAUCACUUAGCUUUCGAAAUAUCUUUGAAGCAACGAAUCUUGAUGAGCUUGAAUUGCGACGCACACUCAAAUCUUUGGCAUGUGGUGAUCAAAAGUUGCUAAGGAAAUCGCCCGAUACUGAAGAUGUGGAUGAUACCGACACCUUUACCUAUAACGAAGACUAUACAGCAUCUACCCAGCGCAUACGAAUGAAUACUGAAAAGCUCAAAGAAGUGAUUGACAGCAAUGCCAACGUCCCUCGGGCUGUGCUCAUGAAUCGUGAAAACCAGGUGGAUGCUGUCAUAGUGAGAAUCAUGAAAUCCAAGCGGCAAUUAAGUCAUGGUGCGCUAUUGAGUGACGUGGUGCGACAAAUCCAAUUUCCCAUUACGGCCAAAGACUUUAAAAAGCGUAUCGAGUAUCUCAUUGAAAAACAAUACCUGGCACGGGGUGACAACGACAUUUAUGAAUACCUCGAGUAA